AUGGAAAGCGUCACGAUUUCAUGUUUACACAUCAAACAAAGCGGAAAGUUUUAUUCCCAGGGGUUCCAUUUACAUAAACCCUUAUGCCUUUCAUCAGAGCCACAUAGAGAUGGAGAAGCGAUUUAGAGUGUGGACAUACAAGGAAGGACAGCCACCGCUGUUUCAUAAAGGGCCAAUGGCUGAUAUCUAUUGCAUCGAGGGGCAUUUGAUUGAUGAAUUGGAGAGUGGGAAUAGUCCUUUUUCAGUCCGCCAUCCCGAUGAGGCCCUUGCUUUUUUCCUCCCCGUUAGCAUCUUAAAUAUCAUUGUAUUCGUCUACAGACCUUACACUAAUUUUUUUCGUUCUCGCUUGCAAAACAUUGUCAAAGAUUACAUUGACACUGUGUCCACCAAAUAUCCUUAUUGGAACAGAAGCAGCGGAGCUGAUCACUUUCUAGUUUCUUGCCAUGAUUGGGCACCAGAUGUUUCGGCUGCUCACCCGGAUCUUUACAAGAACUUCAUCAGAGUUCUCUGCAACGCCAACUCCUCCGAAGGGUUCAAGCCAGCGAGGGAUGUCUCUUUGCCUGAAAUUUAUAUGAGACGUGGAUCAUUGAAACCCACGGUACAUCUCAGCCAGGAAGCCUCGUAUAACCGUUCCAUCUUUGCUUUUUUUGCUGGUGGUGCUCAUGGUUACGUUAGAAAGCAGCUAUUUUAUUUCUGGAAAGGAAAAGCUGAUGAAAUCCAAGUUCAUGAAUACCUCCCCAAGCCCCUAAAUUACGCUCAACUAAUGCAUCAAAGCAAGUUUUGCCCCUGCCCCAGUGGACAUGAAGUUGCGAGUCCUAGAGUGGUGGAGUCUAUAUUUUCAGGUUGUGUUCCGGUGAUCAUCUCCGAUCAUUAUGUUCUACCCUUUAGCGAUGUUUUGGAUUGGAGCAAAUUCUCAGUUCAUAUUCCGGUAGCAAAGAUACCUCAACUGAAGAAAAUUCUUCAAGGUAUUUCUGAGGAUGAAUAUACAGAGAUGCAAAAGCGAGUUCUUCAAGUGCAACGAGAUUUUUCUCUUAAUCGACCUGCGAAACCCUAUGACAUUUUGCACAUGGUGAUGCACUCGGUGUGGCUCAGGAGGCUCAAUCGCAGGCUCCCACCUCUCCAUAAUGCCUAG